UAAGGUUUGGGGGAGGGCCUUUCUUCUAAGUUUUUCGGUCAUCUUUGAGCGAUGUCCGGGGGCCUGAAUGAAACAGUGGAUAUUAUUGCGGGCGGCUCGUGAACCGCUAAGGGCCGAGUUGUGAAGGAGGUCCCCCCUCCCUGGAGAUAGAAGUGCCCUAAAAAAGGAGUGGGAAGAAAAGGAUCAAUGGUGAUAUGCUUCGGAUGGAAACGGCAAAGAUUGAUGAUGUCAAAGAAAACUUCCAAAAGAAAGGUCGCUUCAGCUAAAGGGAUUGACUGGGUGGAGCCAUCUUUUACUGAUUUCUGCAAGAAUAAAAGUUCCUCAUCUAUUAUCCUUCACAAGAAGACGCCCACAGAAACGAAUCACCAUCAGAAAAGAAAAGAGCAUUUUUCUCUCCUAGAAAGUGGCAAGAGUGGGAGAAAAAAAGGGAAGCCUUCUUCUAGAGAUGAGAGAGAUCACGUUUCAAGACAAAAUUGCAAAGAAAUUGAACCAUGGGUGGAUAAAUACAAACCAAAAACUCAGAAUGAGCUUGCUGUACACAAGAAGAAAAUUGAAGAAGUUGAAGUCUGGUUAAAAGCCCAAGUAUUUCAAAGGCAAACCAAGCAGGGUGGCUCUGUUUUAUUAUUAACCGGUCCCUCAGGCUGUGGAAAGUCUGCAACUUUGGAAAUACUAGCUAAAGACCUUGGCAUUCAAGUGCAGGAAUGGAUAAACCCUGUAUUAAUGGACUUCAGGAAAGACAACUUCCAAGAUGCUUUGAACAAAGAUUUUCAGGUAUUGCCAUAUGAGAGCCAAACAUCUCUCUUUCAAGAGUUUCUACUAAGAGCAAACAAAUAUACCAAGCUUCAGAUGGUUGGUGACAUCAUGAAAACAGAUAAAAGACUUAUUCUUGUAGAAGAUGUGCCAAACCAUUUUUAUCGUUAUCCUAGCAGUUUACACGAAAUUCUGAGGACGUUUGUGCAGACAAGCAGAUGCCCUCUUGUGUUUAUUAUAUCAGAUGGUGCAAGUGCAGCCAGCAGUCAAAGAUCUCUCUUCCCAAAAGAGAUUCAUGAAGAGCUACAUAUAGCGAAUAUUAGUUUUAACCCAGUGGCUCCAACAAUUAUGCUGAAAGUUCUAAACCGAAUAACUACAAUAGAGGCAAAUACGAAUGGAGAAAAAUUUGAUGUCCCAGACAAGUCCUCAAUGGAAUUGAUUUGCAAAGGAUGUUCAGGUGAUAUUAGAAGUGCAAUAAACAGUCUUCAGUUUUCUUCUUUGAAAGAGUGUCCAUUGAAGAACAACUUGUGGUCACAGAGAAAAGGAAAUUCUACAUCAAAAUGUGAUUUAUUAUCUAAAGUGAAAAAGAAAUUUGGUAACUCUUUAGAAGGCCAGGAGAUACAGGCUGUCGGUGGCAAAGAUGCAUCCAUCUUCCUUUUCCAUGCUUUGGGGAAAAUACUUUACUGCAAAAGAAUGGUGGUGGCACGACCUAUACUCUGGGAGUAUAGUGCAUCUGUGGUUGCAAGAGGCAUAAUGCAUUCGAACAGAGCUAGAGCCUUUGCCCAUAGCAAAGGAGGAAUGGGCUUUCGACCCCUUCAUAAGCCGCAGUGGUUUCUAAUUAAUAAAAAGUAUCAGGAAAACUGCAUUGCUGCAAAAUCCCUCUUCUCAAGUUUCUGCUUACCACCAACGUGUCUUCAGACCCAGCUAUUACCUUAUCUUGCCCUGCUUACAAAUCCAAUGAGAAACCAAGGUCAGAUUACUUUUAUUCAGGAUAUUGGAAGGCUCCCUUUAAAGAAACACUUUGGAAGGUUGAAGCUUUAAACUCUUACUGAUAAAGAUUCUGCCAUUCAACUCUCGGACAGCGAUGAUGAAAGUGAUUUUGCUGGGAUGCAUUCCACAAAUACGAUGAUCCAACUGGAGAAAAACAAUGCUAGUGGAAAGCAUGAGUCAGAUCUUUCUGCCAGUCAGGCUUUUGGAAAUGAACUGUCAUGCAGCCAACCUCAGCCUGUGACAGCACAAGCAAUCAUGGAGGAACAUGAACUCAACAUAGAGGAAUAUGAUAGUGACUGAACUCUGGAACAUGGCAAUACCAAUGCUGUUUGUUAUUAUAAUUUUAGUCGAAUAUUUUAUUUUGUAAGAAUUCUUAUCCAGAAAAGACUGUGAAAGUUCUUGAUGAGACAUUUGCCAUGUCUUCACAUUUAUUCUUUAUAUGGUUACAACACUGCAUCUAUCAGGAUGUUGCACCUCUGUAAUUUUGAGUCUACUAUAGAAAGCCCUAAUUAUAUCAAAUGUAAUCCAAGAUUUUGUUCUCCAGCCACAUGGGUAUGUAUAUUUAGGCACUGGAUUUCUGUCUAACAGAUGCUUGUGGAAUAUUGUCAGUAGUUCUGUUAAGAUUUCAUACACU